GGCGGGACUUCCGGCGUGCUCUUCCGCCAGCUGCCUUUCCCGGGCGUCUCCCCGCAACCUCCUCAACGCCCCUGGUCCGCGCCGCGGCGCCGCGGGGAGAGCGGCCGGGACUGGCGCCGGGGGAGCGUGCGCCGCAGUUAAAAGAAGAUGGAUGCACAGAGUUCAGCCAAAAUGAACACAAGAAAGAGGAGAAAAGAGGUACCUGGACCCAAUGGGGCAACAGAAGAAGAUGGAAUUUCUUCAAAAAUGCCACGCUGUGCAAUUGGCUUACAGCAGCCAGCUCCUUUUUCUGAUGAAAUUGAAGUAGACUUUAGUAAGCCCUAUGUCAGGGUAACUAUGGAAGAAGCCAGCAGAGGAACUCCUUGUGAUCGGCCUGUGAGAGUUUAUGCCGAUGGAAUAUUUGACUUAUUUCACUGUGGUCAUGCCCGGGCUCUAAUGCAAGCCAAGAACCUUUUCCCUAAUACAUACCUCAUUGUAGGAGUUUGCAGUGAUGAGCUUACACACAACUUCAAAGGCUUCACGGUGAUGAAUGAAAAUGAGCGCUAUGAUGCAGUGCAGCACUGCCGCUACGUGGAUGAGGUGGUGAGGAACGCCCCCUGGACCCUGACGCCGGAGUUCCUGGCUGAACACCGGAUUGAUUUUGUAGCCCAUGAUGACAUCCCUUAUUCUUCUGCUGGGAGUGAUGAUGUUUAUAAGCAUAUCAAGGAAGCAGGCAUGUUUGCUCCAACACAGAGGACAGAAGGUAUCUCUACAUCAGACAUUAUCACCCGAAUCGUCCGGGACUAUGAUGUGUAUGCCAGACGGAACCUACAGAGGGGCUACACGGCAAAGGAGCUCAAUGUCAGCUUUAUAAAUGAGAAGAAAUAUCACCUGCAGGAACGGGUUGACAAAGUAAAGAAGAAAGUGAAAGACGUGGAGGAAAAGUCAAAAGAAUUUGUUCAGAAGGUCGAGGAAAAAAGCAUUGAUCUCAUUCAGAAAUGGGAGGAGAAAUCCCGAGAAUUCAUUGGAAGUUUCCUGGAAAUGUUUGGUCCAGAAGGAGCACUGAAACAUAUGCUGAAAGAGGGGAAAGGCCGGAUGCUGCAGGCCAUCAGUCCAAAGCAGAGUCCCAGCAGCAGCCCCACGCGGGAACGCUCCCCCUCCCCAUCUUUCCGAUGGCCCUUCUCUGGCAAGACUUCCCCACCUUCCUCCCCAGCAAACCUCUCCAGGCACAAGGCUGCAGCCUAUGAUAUCAGUGAGGAUGAAGAAGACUAAGUUUUCAUCCCUCUUUUCCCCUCCCCUCCCUCUGUCCCAUCACCUUCGGAAGAUCUCUGUUGAAUUUCAAAUUGUGAUCCCAACACUAAACCUAAGGACAGCUACAAAGGAAAGAAAGUUGGGGCAAGAGGACCUAGGAUGGGCUCAGACAACCCAUCCUCCAAGAGCCAUCACCCAUCCACACCAAGAAGGAAGCUGACUACACCUCAGAAACCUGUUUUGCAUCCAUAUGCCCUCCCUAUAGACUUUGCUUUACUGUUUAUGUUCAUGUGAUCUUGACAGGGAAAUUGUCAUUUUAUUAAUUUUUUAAAAAUUAAUCUUUCAAAUGUUGUAAGUAGAACUAAUUUUUUGCCCCUGAGGAGUGGGCAGAAGGACGUGGUGUAUUACCCAGAGGCCUUUUCUUCCUGAUAUACUAUAGUGUUUGCCUUCUGUUCUGAGGCAAAGUGGCUUGCCAAGCCCUUCAAGCAAUGAGCCAUGCUGAGUGAUUUCAGGGGGAAGGGAAAUAGCAUAAUUUUGGUGUCCUUAAAAAAAAAAACGAAAAGCUGAGUAAACUCAGUCACGAAUCCCCUAAAUGUACUGCUAGUCCAUGUGUCAAUGUGGCUAUGAGAAGGAGGUCUGAGCCUAACUUUUCUUACUCCCUGAGGAGUUUCUUGUUGGACCCAAUGGGGUCCAUGGAAGACACUGAUGGGGAUGGAACCAGACCACAUGGCAUCAGCUGCGGUUUUCUGCUGUGUUCAUCUUCUCAGAAAACUCUGUUGCCCAGUUAUUUGGGAGCUCUUGUCAAUCUCUUUCCUAUAGUCUACCUUUGAAGGAAGGAACACUUUCAGGUUUAUUGUGAUUGGGGAGGAGAGUGGGACGAUACUCAAUCCUAUACAGGGUCAGGUUAGGUUAAUUUUCCCAUUUGGGAGUAAGUCCCUGGCCCUGCAAUUUCAAUGCUUAUUACCUAGCUUUCUACAGAGUAUGCUUUGUAAAUGUCUGCAGUUUGGAUAUGAUCUGUUAAUCCAUGUUGCUCAAAGCCAUGUUGAAUAUUUAGAUUUGCACAAAAUUUAAACACAAAAGUAUAAGGAAACACCCCCCUUUCUAAAGCCUUAUCUUGAACUCUGUCCCUCUCAAGAAUGUUUUUGACUAGAACUAGUGCUCCAGGUCACGUUUCUUUUCCUCUGAGAGUUGCAGCUGGCAGGGACGUCCCUCUGCUGCCGCUAAGCAGGCCACAAAGCAUGGGUUCACAUACAAGAGUACGGCAGGUUCUCUUGCUUUCCCGCUUGUGCCUAGUGGUUAUGGUCCCACUUCCCCUGUUAGGUUGCCCAGGGGGAUUCUUCACAUCAGAAAUACUAAGCUGCUCACUUGGCAGUUGAUUGUGAGCUCAUUUUAAGCCUCUGGCAUCCUGCAGCUACGUGACCGAGCAGACUAUCUUCAAUAAUCCUGUAGCUAAAAAAAAAAAAUAAUAAUAAUCCUGUAGCUACGUUUAGGGGAAAAUUGCUUAUGUCCAGGCCCCACCCUGUCACUCAUAAAUACCCCUUGUGGGGGUGGAGUUUUGGUGUUUUCAGCUAAGAAAACCACAUUUUAUCUUUUUUUGCCCCUCUGCUAGAGCUGUGAGCAUCUCAUAGCCUCCUCCCUAAAUACUCUGGUAAAACCUGCUCUUCUGCCUGAGGAUCAGAGGCUAGAAUCACUGCCUGCCUGCACAGCAGGACUACCUACUUUCCUGAAACUCUGAUCACCCAGAGAGUAGAGACAUAGGAGAGGGAAAUCUCUAGUUGUCAUGGUGGCUUAGGAAAACUACAUUUCUGAUUCUUCGUAUGAAGUGCUAUCUUUGCUAUCAAAUCUGAUUCAGUUUACACGAGCUUUGUCUUGGAAUCCUUUUUUGGGAACAGUUCAAAUCACUGUUUUCCUACAUUUUUUUUUAAGAUUUUAUUUUAUUUAUUCAUAGAGACAGAGAGAGAGAGAGAGAGAGGCAGAGACACAGGCAGAGGGAGAAGCAGGCACCACACAGAGAGCCUGACGUGGGACUCGAUCCUGGGUCUCCAGGAUCAUGCCCUGGGCUGCAGGCGGCGCUAAACCGCUGCGCCACCGGGGCUGCCCUGUUUUCCUACUUUAACCAGUUUCAUAGGAUCACAUACUUUAACUUCUCUGCUUCAGUCUUCCCUCUUUGGGAAUUCUGCGUAUUUCUGCUUUAUUCUCCCUCGUACAGAAAGGUGAGGAAGUCAUCACUGAAGCUCACCUACCUGUUCCCUCAAAGAACAUAUUAGCCAAGUGUAUUUGGCAGGGGAGAUGCUCAGAAUGUGGUUUUCCUCCCUGCACAUCACUCCUCUCAAGUCUACUGUCUGGGACUGCUGCCUCCGCUCUGUCCGUGGGCUACUUUUGGCAUUCGCUGCCCUUGGAGUAUAACUGCUGUGUUGAUCAGCUCUGUGAGACUGCCCGGCCCGCAUGUGCACAUGUUCUUGGAAAGCCCUCUCACCCCUUGUGGUGAACCUCUCUGGCCUCACGCUCCUCUAACACUAGUGCAUCUUCAAAUAAUUUUGACUUCAAGCUGUCAAACUUUAAUGGUGUGGCACAUGAGCUACUUUGGGAUAAAUGUGAUCUUAGGUGCUAGCCAAGGAUAGGUGGAGGGAGGAAGCUGUUGGGAUGAUGUAUUAUUUGAUCAUUUGUGCCUAAUUAAAUGAAGUUAGUGGUUUGCCUACCAUGACCAUGCCUGUGAUCUGUAAAUCUUCUAAUAUUAAUUUUAAUAUUAACUGUUAAUACUGAUUUCUAAUAUUACUAUUAAUUAGCUAUUUCCCUGAAUCCCCCACACAAAGCAAUAGGCCAAAUGUAGCAGAGAUGGGGGAGCCUUAAACACUGGUUGGCUUCAGAGCUCAGUUUGCAAGACAGAAGAAUGGAGACAGGCGCUGCAGCUGGCACUGAAGAAGUGCCACUUCAGUUACCUUGAGAUGGCUGGGCAGAAAGUUUGCUCUUCUCUUAUACUAACUAGUAACACUAAUGAAUAGAGAUUGAAACUUUAGAGGAGUAGAAACAGAUUGUCUGCUGCAGCUGUCUCUGGUAGCCAGAGCCAAAGACUGUUAUUUCGCUGAGGCUUGAGGAAGAAGGUUGGGGAUAUGAGGAGACUGAAGAUCCUAAAUAAGAAAAAAUAUGAAGGAGGUCAAGAGAACUUAUUGACAUUUUCUGAUUGCUGAUAACCCAGCACCUGUUUAGAUUUUUCUUAUUUUACUUGGGAUCACACAACUGGUCAGGCGGCCUCGGGAUGUUCCCUCUGCGAUGGUUCUUCACAGUGUUUUUGUGUCUCUGGGUUAUCUUGAUUUGUGGGUAGCUUUUGUUAUUCUGAGCUCAUUGCCUUUUUUACCGUUUCAGAUCUCCUGUCUAAAAUCCUUCCAAAUCAAUUCUAUUUUGCUGCUUUUCUUUAAUUCCCUAAAAGCCAUACAUAGUGUCUACAUUUUCUGUCAGCUCACACUUUCACCAGAAGUGGAACUAAUACAGGUAGGAAAAAAAAGCUCCCUUAACAAUGUUUUUAACUAAUGGUAAUUUUUUUUAAGCUUACCAAUAUAAGUAUUUUUAAAGGUUGUAUUUUUCAAAGUCAUACGAUGAUUGUUCUUGUUUUCGCUCAUAGAAUAGAUUGUUGUGGGAUAAAGAGUGGUCCCUAGCUUCUAUUUUUCCAAUUAAGUAGAACAUGUUCUUGGGAUUAUACUAUUAAAUGUUAAUUUUCUUUAAAAGAAAGAAGAAAGAUUUCUGUCUGCCAAAGUUUUACGUUAAUACUCAGAUUGGGGUAGAAAACAAAAAAGUGCUAGGUUUAACACUAGGAUGACUCAGGUUGUGUUCCUCUAGGUUUAAAAAGGGUUUUCCCACCCUUCUUAGGGGGGCACUGACUGUUUUAAACACAGAGACUUGAUUGGUUGGGUGGUUUUGUAUUGAUUAUCCUGAAAAAAAAAGCUGUUGGGAAGAAACGCUGGCCUUGGUGUGAAUGUUAGCCCCACCCCCAGUGCCAGCAUCCACAGGGCGUUUUCCUCAAUCGGUGUUCAGUAUAUUGUUUUCCAUGUGAAUGUUAUUAAUUGGUUCAGUUAUUUUGGCCUUUGUCAUUUAGCCAAAUAAAGGCAAAGUGGUUUUACCUAA